AUGGGACCAAAUUUGGUCAGUUGUACCUGUGAGUUUCUUGCACACCAGAUUUCCCCUUAGGGUGACACACCAAGGGGCCAUGGUGAUGAUUGCUGUGCUGGCAAAGGCACUGAGAGGGAUACUUUCAUGCUCCAUCCAUCUGCUGUGGCAUUUUUAUGUUUUCCGAUGAGCUGACAGCCCAAAGAAAGCUGUUAGUCAUCUCAGCACAGCGUUGUCCUUUGUGUCCAGCACAGAUUGUGCAAUGCUUGAUUCAAGUCGUUUGCCACAGUGCAAAACUAUUUGUUGACCGAGAGCAAACUGGUAAGCAUGUUGAUUGUGCAAUUAAACAGCUCCCAGUAAUGCCCCCACCGGCUGCCUGAAUACAUGCAGGCUCUGUUUGAUUUUGACUCUGGCACAGAUGGGUUCGGCUUUUUCUCUGUGACUGCUCUUUCAAAAACAAACCUUUAGAUCCCACUGUGUGACGAAUGAGUGUGAAGUCUAACAGCUAAGGAUGAUGAGGAUCAAAACAUGUUAAUACACUUGAAUCAUACUGCCGCUGCAAAGACUGGAUAAAAUAAUAUUUAUUUUUGAAAAGAAAUCAAACAAAGGAAAUCUCGUUCCUCAAAAUGCAUCUUACAUUUAGAAAUUUGCUUUUGUACAUUAUCUUGUCUGUAAGCUUUCAAUAUGUAUAUAAAACCAUUGUCCCAGGAAUAAAAAUAAUUGAUGAAUAUUAUGUUGGAGUUUCUGGGACUUGCUAUUGACAUGAGUAUCUGAAAACUGACAAUAAAAAGUUGAGGUCUAGCUGCUGACAGAGCCUAGUUUAUGCUACUGUGUCAGACUUAAACCGGACCUAUGUCGAACAUAUGCUGGACCUACACUGUAGGUGCUCACAUUGAUGUGUGCAUUUCAUACUUCUUCACUGGAGUCUCUAUGAUUGUCACAUUGCCAAUUUGUUGUUCCACUAUUUCCCCUUCUUUACUUAGCGUUAAGGAAAGCAUGGCAACUAAAAACAACCGCAAUGCCUGCAACCUAGCGGAUCAAUCACAAGGCUUGUGGUUUUGAAACCAGGCUGGAACAUGUUGAUUUCUGCUGUAGGAUUGGCUUUUUUUGUUUAUUUUGUUUCCUACUCGGUGUAGCCACCCUCCCGUGGACAUUGAAGGAACAUCUGCUUCAUUUCUCAAGACUGGAAGUUGCCACUUGGGACAUACCUGACAAAGUGUGCGCUUUUACUUUUUGUACAUCUGUGUCAUGAUACUAUUAUUUUGGCAAACCUAAUAUCCCUAAACUCUAAACUCAUAAGUGAUGAGAAAAUUGAGUGUUGCUUCAGUUCUGGCAGCAAACAAAAAUAAAGCUCAACCCACAGUGCAUCUGCUGGUUCUAACACCAGUCUAUAUCAGCUGACAGCUCAGCUAGUUACUUCAGCAUCUUGAAGCUCUUUGUUUCAGUUUUCAAGUAAGCAAUGGUUUUAGUUCAGCUAUCACUGUUGUUGAUGUAAAUGUUUCUGGUCACAGACUGCGGCAGCUAUUAGUGACAGAGCUCAUAGAAAUAACCAUUUUUCCUGCUCGGCUCCAAACAGUGGAGAGUUUUUGCAGAUGAAAGAAAACUUGAGGUCAGGAUGCAGAUUUUACCCUCUUUUGCUGUCAUUUCAGAGCCACAUGUACAGCACAUGGAAGAACUGCUUCAGUGAUAAAUGUCUGGUUCUCUUUUUGCAUAUUGUUGAUCACCUCUUACUCUCUGAGCAGCAGGGAAAGUCUCAGCUCCAUAACUCCCUCACAAGGUUGACUGAGAAUACCAAUUGUAAAUCCAUCAAGUCCCUAAAUGGAAUUUUGAAGACAAUGAUUGGCGCAGAGUGAGGCUUUAAAUGAUUUUCACAAGAGGCUGAUGUUUAGUUAGAUGUCAAAUUAUUUUCUUGGCUACAAAGAGAGGCUGUGAUAGCAGCUGAUGGACAACAAUUUGAAGGAAGGAUUUUCACUGGCUUAAUGCCAGACUUACAAACUGCCUUUGAGACCGCAGCUAACGUCCAAUGGAUAGAAGAAGGUUGCCAGUAUUCAGAUAAUAAGCAACACCUUUAGCUGUCCCUGGAAGUCAUUCUGCAAAGAGAGGUAUCAUCCCAAAAAUAAGACUGAAUGAGCAAGCAGCGACAAGAAGAGAUGAUAGCCAUAAUGUUUGACUUUUACAAAUCAAUCUCAGGUCAGGUGGACAUUAACAAACAUCUAAAUCAGUCUGAAUGUCCUGAGUGAAAACUGCAGUAUAUAAACCCCAUCUUCUUUGUCUUGCCUUCCCUCAGACAUUGAUGUUGGGGGCCAGUGAGAAGCAAUAAGUACAAGGUGCCCAAGUUUGUUGCUGCUGAAAUCAGACCUAAUUUUUGUGUUUCUGUGCUGUGAGCACACUGUGACGUCUGUCUCAGGAUUCCCUGAGUUCACAUGGGACCUUUAUAAUAAGCCGAUCACAGAUACAGCCUCUGCUUGGUCCACAGAUCAAAUAAAGAUGUCGGUCUUCCAUGGCACAGUCAAAUAAUAACAGAUAUAAGACUAUUUCACUUUAAUUAGUUCAUAAAUCAUCACAGAUCAUGUUUGUUUUUGAGGGACUGGAUGUUGACAGUCUAUGAAAAUACAUUAAUCUACUUUUUGAGGUAGUAAAGCCUCUGAACCUUGCAGAGACACAUAAAGUUUGUCUUCUGAAAGCCACUAGUCUUUUAAAAUGAGUGGAUUUUAAAAGUCUACUUUAAUGAUAAUUCCACUCUCUACAUAUGCAUAUUGUGGGGGAAAAAAACCCUCUUGUCAGUAUGGUCUUACUUUAAAAUGUAUAAAAACUGUUAUCAGCUACCCGCUCUCAACAUUAAACUGAGACAGAAACAAACAAUUUUUCCACAGUGUCAACAAGUAGUGGUGAAAUAUGUUGGAUUUCUUUCUACAGAUUUGGUUUGUGCUUGAUGCUCUUUUUGCUGUUGAGAUUUUGCAUUAAAAAUGGGAAGUGUCACCCCUAUGUAGAUGAUACCCAGCUCUUUCUGUCACCCAACCCUAUAUGACACAACUGUCUCAGCACGAGUCUCGUCAUACCUCAGUGAUGUUUCUUAAGGCAUGAAGGAACAACAUCUUCUGCUCAGCUUGUCGAAAACGGAGCUUCCUGUCAUUUCAUUUAGUCCGUCCUUACAACCACAGAUCAAGAUCCAGCUUGGAUCAAACCAGGUUACACCCACUAAGUCUGCCCAGAAUCUGGGAGUUAUGAUUGAUGGCCAAAUAACCUUUUAAGGUUCAUUUAGCCUUGAUUGCUAGGUCCUAUAUCAUACUGCCUAUAUCAUCAGGAGGAUCAGACUCUGCCUGGCCACACAACACGGCUCUUGCACGGCAUAUUGUAACAUCUACUGCAACUCCAUACUGGCAGACUACCCUGUGUGCACAGUCAAACCUCUGCAGCAGCCCGUCUGGUUUUCAACCAAAUUAAAAUGGCAUGGCAGUCAGCUGUUCAUUUUAUUUCAUUGGCUCCCAGUUGCAGCACAUAUCAACUAUAAAGCCCGACUUUGUGUUUACGAAACGGCAACAAAAACAGCUCCUACCUGAAAAUCCUGACUCGUUACACUCUGCCAAUAUAAGGCUCUUGGUGCUCCCAUUACAACAGGGCCCUUAGUCACUAACUCAGAAUCUAUCAGAUCUAAAAAGUUCCUUUCUACCUCUAAGGAAUAAAUCAAGAUUCGGCUCUUUAGGGAACACCUCUCGUCCACGGAGAAAGAACAGCUGAUACAACCACUUCUGAUCCAAACAGUCCCAUCUACUUCUGAGAACUUCUUGAACCAUGACUUGGUAGUUCAGUGGUCAACAUAAUAUGAUUUUGAUAAUGAUGAUGAUGUAGUCGAUGUACAUUGUAAUCAAAUAUACAUCGCUUUGGACAAAAGCCUCUGCUUAAUGAAACUGUUACAUUGCAAGUACAAUUCUUUGGUUGAGAAUUUGUUCUUAUUUUUCAAACAACACAACAAAGAGAGUUUGCAUUGUACAAGAUGUAACAGCGUAGGUAAAUGGAACAAUAUACAGAAGCAGAAAAACUGCAAAAGAUGCAUGUUUUAAGCCGUAACUGUGUCUGACAAGCAUAGCCCUAUUAAAACCCUCAGAGAGCUCUGUCAAUAAUCAACUGUGAAAGAUAUGUAAAUCACAUCCAUGUUCACGCAAUUGCUCCAUCAUUGCCAACAGCUCUUGACAAGAUAAUCGAUAGUCACUUACACAGGUAUCUAUUCAUCCAUGAUGGUGCUUGUGUCAUGGCGCACACAUCCUGCAGACAUGUCUCCAUUUACUCCUGAUCAAUGUGUUCAUAUUAGCCCAGACGACACCCAGUCAAUUGAAUGAAUGUGGGUGUCUACUUUGAGUCUCUCCCUUCUAGUUAAACGAACAUAUAUGACGUUCACUAAGAGCUGACUUGCCGCUUUGUCAGCAGGUCAGGAAGACGAUGUUCAUAAGCACUUGGCUGUCUUCUCUACAGUACAGAACCAGGUUGUUGUCAUUGUUAAGACCUCAAAUACAUCAGCUUGGUCCAAUGUGUCAACAGUGACACAAAAUUAUCCCUCUACUGUCAUUUCUGAACACUGUCCACUAAAUUAAGUCAGGUGAGUCUGCUGCAGAUGGAGGUCAGUGGCGAUGAGACCAUUGUUCAAAUCCAUUGUAAAAUAAACAGAAAAUCUUGACCCUCCAGGAAAGUGACUUUAAGUAAUAUCAUGUACUUUGAAAGGUUUGUAACCAAACUUACUUAAGUGCCAUAAGUAACUUCAUUCAAUUUCAUCCCAAAUCGCAAUAAUGUUCAUAAACCUUAUGCCUUAACCCAGGGGUUCUCAACCUCAACCUCAAAGUUUUUAGCGCUGUUUCUGGUCGGCCGGCUCAGUCGUUUAUUUCCCGGUCUUCUUCCACCUGGACACGGAACGUGUCUCGGUUUCGAUGCGGUGAGUUAGUCGUGGCCUGUCUGGACCCGUGGUCUGGACUCGGUACCAAGUCCAGAGAUGCUCCUGCUGUCGGUCUCUAUCAGGACACCUGAAGCUAAACGAGACAAAACUUUUUUUCACACAAUGCAAUUGGAUGAAACGCACUGACCACGAGAAACGGGAUGUGAAUAAUAUUGGUGGAUUAUUAAACUGCUGGGGCUGGAUGACUGAUAAUGCUGACUGUUUUAGACUCCAGAGUGAAGGUAAGAAAUACUUCCUCAGGUUUGAUCAGGUAUGUCUCUGCUCAGAUGUGUGGUGGACAGAGUUUAGGACGUUUUAUAUUUUUUUAGGUCAUAUAUUUUUUAGGGCAAAAUAGUAGGAACUUUUAUUGACACUUGCCAUGCUGUGCUGCAGCUUCUGGAUGAGGUAGGCUGUAAAUUGGUCUAUUUCCAACCGCUUGGGACUCUGCUACAUCUCCUUUGUACUAAUAGCCGGUAAGUCCGAGACACUUUGUAAUGUUACAUAUAUGUUGUGUCAAUGGAGUACUAGAGUUUCUUCACAGAGAAAUUAAAAUAGGCACAUUUUUUGUGCACACUGUAUUAAUGUAACAAAGCAUGCAUUGCUUUAUAGAAACUUACAUACAGAAUUAUCCGAUACAAGAAACCUAUUUUUAGGGUGAUUGGUAAUCAUAUUUCGAUUUUGAAAUUAACAACAAACUAACAAAAAACAAAACAAAACACUGAAUUAGCUACCUGACAAUGUGGCAAAAAGAUGUUGAUGAAAUAUGAAGUUUAUACGAGGGGAGUAUGAGGUAGCCUGGCAGGGCCAUCCUGUUGCGUGAAUCACUUGACGUUACUUCCCACCAGGCUAAGUAUGAGGGCCAUAUUAAAUAAAAAAAAAUGAGAUUAAAGUAAUUAGACAUGAGAAUAAAGUUGUGAUGAAAUAUUUACUCACAAGAAUAAAGUCGUAAUCAAGUAAUAACUAAGAAGAAUAAAGUUGUGAUGAAAUCAUUACUUACAAGAAUAAAGUCUUGAAGUAAAUCAAGUCAUAAAGCUGCUUUUAUGGAAGAGGAAAUGGCUGGAACUGGUCAACUGCACAAUUAUCAGUGUGCAUCAGCGGGCAAUUCAGGGGCCUUUUAUGUUUUCUCAAGAAACAAUCCAAGUGAUGAUCAGCAACUGUUUCCUGCAGAGUUUCUUCACACUGGAGCAGUUUGUUCAGGACAUCAGCCGUCAGGACGCAGUUUGGAGUUCAGCCCCUCGGGCCAAUUUGAUCAGGUACUAUAGCUACAAACUCUCAGACUUCAUACACAGUCAUGUCACUCUCAGAUGUCUCCACAAACAUUCAGAAGAAAAUGAACCAUCAUAUUAACUCUUUUCUAUUCUUCUCUGAAGACAUUUCAUGGCUCUGAGGGAUGCUCAUUUGUUAACAGACCGGCAAAGUAAAAGAUGUCUUCUGCAAUCGUUCAAGAAGGCGGUCUCUGAUCAGGAACCCCAAUUCAGGGAUGACCAACAAAAAGUAUGUAAUCUAGUUACAUGUCUUAUUCUUUCACCUCCUAAUGAUACUUUUUUUUUGCUGCAUAUAAAUACCAUUGUCUGUGUUUCUCUGUCUUUAGGAUGCUCACGAGUUCCUGACUACAGUCCUCAACCAAAUUAGUAGUCCGGCUUCUUCACUGACAGGAACCGCAGCCAGAAAUUCCAGGACAUACACCUGCCCUGUAGAGGACAAUAUGACAUUUAAGAUGAAGAGCACCAGGACCUGCAAGAGGUACAAUUUUGGAGUAAAAGUAUCACAUAUGCACAAUUUGUAUCUACUUGAAUGUCAGGGCAUUAAAACUAUCUCAUCAAAUUUAGUCUAUUAAAGAAAAAAUAUAGUAGUAAUAUAUAAUAAUAAUUUUUUAACUGCUAAAAGACAAGAUUGCUGUCCUUCAAUGUCGUGUUUAGCCCAACAAAUUUAAAAGUUGAAUUAACAGAAAAUGAGAAAAAAGCAUCUUAACUUUAUAUAGAAGGUGCUGAAAUAAACAAAAUAAACUAAAAUAUGUUCCUUGAAUUUGCAGUUGUGGAGAUCAGUCCAGAAGAACAGAAGAGUUUACCAACCUGUCACUAAAUCUGGUUCCUGGAAGUACAGUGGAAAACAUGAUUGAAGAUUACCUGACAGUAAGUCUAACCCGAGUUCAAUCAUAGCAUCACCACCAGAAUACACACAGGGUUUUAAAGCUGUUUGUUUUUAGGCUUGAUAAAGUUAAUAAUACACUUUUUGUGUCUGAUCUGCAGGAAACAGAGUUGGAGUAUAAAUGCAGUUGUGGAGGAAACACAUCAAGAAUGAGGGUGGAGUUUGAGACAAUGCCAAGGUGAGAAAUCACAUCCAUCACAGAUGAGCUUACUCAUGUUCUGAGAAGUUCCCAAACUUGACUUCUUAAUCUCUGUGAUCUUUUACACACAUUACAGUCCAACAGCAUGAUCAUGUUUUCAACAAUCUUUUUGUUUCCUCCUUUCCAGAGUGCUCAUCCUACACCUGAAGCGUUUCUGUUACACUUCAUCUUAUGAGCUAAUGAAGGUACACCAGCCCGUCGAGCUCUCUAGGGAUCUAGUGAUAUCUUCGAAACAGGUAUGGAAAAAGAAGUCUGAGGUCAAAAUGAAAAGAUUCUUAUGUAAAAGGGUUAAGGUGAAAGCUAACUCAAAUUAUGUGUGUUUUCUUUCAGGGAGGCAGAUGUUACAGCCUCUGUAGCACCAUCAGCCAUUUAGGUUACUCAGGAGAAGAAGGUAAGAUAAUCACACUCUGAAGGGCUGCUCCUCUCAUCAUUUGUUUGAAACAUUUCAGAAAUAUUGGGGUCUCUCUGUGGCAGAACUAAAUCAUAACGUGGCCCCUUAUUCAAUUAUGCAGUUUUACGUCAACUUUCUUUGCUGUCUUCAUAGUUUUUCUUAAUGACUCUGAUUGUACCAGGUUAGCACCAUGCUGGGCUGAACCAAACCAGACCACUUGGUAGCGGUGCAACGCCUCGCUACGACAAGGCUAAGGGGAAGGAGAGGAGGGCACUGCUCCAGGGAGAGGUGCGAGCAGCAGUGGAGGAAGAGAGAACCAGCAGGAUGGUUGGAAUGCGGCAGCAGGGAGCCUGGAUGCGUUGGGAGCAGGCGGCAGAGCGCAAAGUCACUUGGACUGAGCUAUGGAAAGCUGAGCCCCAGCGCAUUAAAUUCCUCAUCCAGGCUGUCUACGAUGUACUGCCGAGCCCGUCUAAUUUAUUCUGUUGGGGGAAGGUUGAGUCGCCUGCCUGUGCACUGUGUCAGAAGAGAGGGACCCUGGAGCAUAUCUUGAGCUGCUGUCCGAAAGGCCUGAGUGAGGGGCGCUACCGCUGGCGCCACGACCAGGUAUUGAAGGCCAUAGCAAACGCCAUCUGCAAUGGAAUUGCCCACUGCAAGCACCUCCGCCCAACAAGGAAAUCCAUCUCCUUCAUCAGAGACACCACCAGCUGCUGCCAGGACCACCUCCUCUGGCCUUCUAGCAAUGGCUCAAGACUGGGAGCUGAAAGUUGACCUGGGGAAACAAUUGGUAUUCCCAAAGAAUGUGGCCACAAUAUCGCUGAGGCCAGAUGUGGUACUGAUCUCAGCAACCUCCAAGCAGGUCGUCCUGCUGGAGCUCACGGUACCAUGGGAAGACCGAAUCGAGGAGGCCAACGAGAGGAAGAGGGCUAAAUACCAGGGUCUGGUGGAGGAAUGUAGACUCAAUGGGUGGUGGGCAAGAUGUGAGCCCAUCGAGGUGGGAUGCAGAGGGUUCGCAGGCCAGUCCCUCUGCAGAGUCUAUAGCAUGCUGGGCAUCACAGUACCAAGCAAGCGAAGGGCCAUCAAGGAGGCCACGGAGGCAGCAGAGGUUGCCUCACGGUGGCUGUGGAUCAGGAGAGGAGACCCGUGGGUAGGGUAGCACUAACUGGACACAAGCUGGGGAUUGAUCACCCCCGGCUGGGUCGCCUGGAGGAGAGUGUAUGAUGCUUGAAAGACCCGAAACACUCGAUGAUCCCAGCUCACAUCACUGAUGAUGUGUCCAGGUUGCAUCACUAGGUGAUGUAUGUCACAAGGUGGAAACACAUCAUAAGUUUAGGUGAAAUAACCAACACAACAAUCUCUCUCCUCUCAGGACACUACAUCUGUGACAGCGUUGAUCCAGAGGAUGAUCCAAACCAGCCAACUGACCACUGGCUCACCUUCGAUGAUUCAAAGGUCACCAAGACAACCGGAUGGUCCGUGUGCGAGCGGUGGCAGAGGGCAGCCUACAUCCUGUUCUACACCAGACACAUUAAGAGGAGGAGGGAGGGCAUGAAAGCCAUCCACUGUGUUUUCACUGUCAGUGUUUUUUCUGUAUUUUCAGGAUUAGAGCAGGAGGUGAAAUGUGGGACAUCUUGGAGGGGGGUUUGGACCAAAAACCCAAGAUUCGGAGGACACAAGAAGAGCAAUACCAGGGAGACAAGCUAAGUAAUUUUUCUUUACUUUUAUUUUCUACAGUAUACUACUUGCUUUUCCUGGGAUUUCGUUUCUUUUUUUGUGUCUGUGUGUUUCUGCAGGUCUGGAUCAGCAGAUCAUUAACGGAGUCACACACAUCAGCGAUGGCCAGAGGUCCAGCCCCCAGGAGGUCCCACAACCCUUAGGAGGAGGGUCACCCCAGAGAGCCUGGUUUCCUCUCAAGGUUUCUUCCUCUCAGAGGGAGUUUUUCCUUACCACUGUUGCCGCAACUCCCUGGACAGAAGGUAGAGAUGAUUCUGUCUGUACCAGGGUUUGGCUUGCUCUCUGGAACAACAGCAAAAAGCAGGAGAAAGACACGAUGAUGAGAAACAGAAGAAGAUGAAAGAGUGA